CUAUCAAGAAUUCAGUUACUGUUGUGUUGCAAAUUAUAAAUCAGAUUAUGAAAGUGAAAGCCAUGACCGAAAAAAGUAUAUCCAAACGCCACUGACUGCGGAACAAAAACAUAAAUAACCGACAGCCGUCCGUUAGCUGUUUUGGUCCAAUUUUUUAUCACCAUGACGCGUGAUGAACAAUAAAAAACACCUGAAUUCAACGAGUAUUUUUGUUCAGGAAAAUCUGAGGAGGCUGAAUCUGAUGAAAACUACCAUGGAUAAGCUGCCUAAAAAAGAUGUAUGAGCAACGGGAUCACUUUUGCGACGUAUGAUAACAGAAUUCAUCGCAUAAAGGAUGGCAGUGAUAUCACACAAAGUAAUAGAUGCAUUCAACGAUGAUGGCAUUUUCACAUUUCCCAACAUACCUACCAGGAAUGCGACCUAUAAAUCCGGGUCACGAUAUACAAGAGGCUCCGGUAAUCCUGGAUUUAUGUACAAAAAAACGUUCACUAUCCCCAGACUUCCCACACGACUAUACCCCUCACCCCUCAAACCCAACCCCCAUUUCACCCUCCAGUCCAAAAACAGAUAUUUCAGAUGUGUCGAGUUCAGAAGAAAAUAAUAGUCCCUUGGGAGCCAAAUGUAGUAGACCUUUCAAAACAUAUCCCAAUAAUCCAAUGGCUGUUGCCAUGGCGAGCCCCGGUUUGGAGAAUAUUUUAGGAAAAGAAUCUGCAGAAGCUUAUGCAGAGUUCAGGAGCAGAAUGUUGUCGCAGGUCCAGUCUUGUCACAAUGUAACGAACAAAAAUAUGAGGCGGACCCAGUCGACCAGUACCCAAUCUGCCGAUCCCGUCUACCUUGAGAAAAGAAAGAAGAAUAACGAAGCAGCGAAGAGGUCAAGAGAUGCCAGGAGGGCGAAGGAGGAUGAGAUAGCGAUAAGGUGUGCGUUUUUAGAGCAGGAGAAUUUGCAGCUGAAGUGCCGAAUUGCUGCAUUAGAGAGUGACAGGGCAAGAUUGCAGAACAUGAUUUACAAAUAAUCUAUUUUAGAAACUUUUUAAUGAGUGUUUUUAGUCAGUUGUAUAUAUUUGAUUAUUAUU